UCCUUUCCCGCCACUGUACGAGCAGAGGAUGCGCUCUGUUUGUUCCUCCGCUGCUGAGCGACAGAAACAGAGUAUGAACUCUGCCUCUCUGCUUUCAAGAGGCAGCGUCUCACACUUCAAUUCUGCGCUGAAAUCUUGCGCAGAAAGCGAAGAUUGGAGGCGGGCAUUGGUUCUUUUCCGGGAAUUGCUGCAAUGCGGGGUGAAAUCGAACGACCUCACGUUCUCUCUGCUCCUAAAGUCGUGCGCCUCGGAGUUGCUAUCCUCCUGUUCAUCCCGGAGUUCAAUGCAAGAAGUCAAUCAGGUCCAUCCCCACUUGUUGAAGUCUGGGGUCGACCGGUUCGUCUACGUGAGCACCGCCCUUCUCGACCUGUACAUGAAGUUAAGGUGCAGGACUUGGGCGAGGAGAGUGUUCGAUGAUAUGCCAAUGAGAGAUGUUAUUUCGUGGAAUGCGUUGAUUUGUGGGUAUUCUAGAAGCGGGUAUGAUUAUGAGGCGAUGGAACUGUUUGUGCGAAUGUUGAGGGAGGGUUUUGCUCCUCGACCCACUACAUUGGUCAGUUUGCUCCCGUCCUGUGCUCGUCUGGAGUUAGCUUCUCAGGGAAGAUCGGUUCAUUGCCUCGGGAUUAAGAACGGUCUAGACUUGGAUCCGCAUGUCAGAAACGUGCUGAUAUCGAUGUAUGGAAAGUGCGGAGAAUUGUACUCUGCCAGACUCUUGUUCGAAGGCAUGGAUGAGAAGAGCAUUGUUUCUUGGAACACGAUGAUUAGUUCGUAUGGCCAACACAGUUUCUAUGGUGAAGCGUUGCUCACGUUUAAGAGAAUGUUAGAGCAAGGAAUUGACAUCAAUUCGGUUACCAUUGUGAGCUUGUUGUCGGCCCAUGCAGAUGUAGAGUCUGCCCAUUGUUACGCCCUCAAGGCUGGAUUUUUAAGUGAUGGCCCUGUAGUGACGUCGCUAAUCUGUGCGUACGUGAAGCUCAGUGACAUGAUUUCAGCAAAAACACUUUACGAGUCCUUACCUGAAAAGAAUUUGGUCUCCUCAACCGCGAUUAUUUCAGGCUAUGCCAACAAGGGAAAAGUGGAUGACGUAGUGAAAAUCUUUGUUGAAAUGCAAAAGUUAGAUAUGAAACUUGAUGCGGUGGCACUACUAAGCAUCCUCCAUGGAGUUGCGAACGUUUCUACUGAAAUUGGCCUUGGGCUUGCCUUCCACUGUUAUGGACUCAAACUCGGGCUCUGUCCCGAUUGUUUGGUGACAAAUGGGCUUAUAACCAUGUACUCUAAGUUCAAUGACUUAGAAUCUGCAUAUUUGUUGUUUUAUGAAAUGCGUGAAAAGCCAUUAGUUAGUUGGAAUUCGAUUCUAUCAGGAUGCAUUCAGUGUGGAGCAUCAGAUGAUGCAAUAAAGUUGUUCCACCAGAUGAGGAUUCAUGGGCAGAACCCAGAUUCUGUCACGAUAGCUAGUCUGCUUUCUGGAUGUUCCCAACUCACCAACUUGGAGUUGGGUCGAGAAAUCCAUUGCUAUACUCUGAGAAACUAUCUACACCUGGAAGAAUUUGUUGAAACUGCUCUGAUAGAUAUGUACAUCAAAUGUGGGAGGAUUCAGGAGGCAGAGAGAAUCUUCCAGGCAAUUGAAAGCUGUUGUCUAGCUACGUGGAACACGAUGAUAUCGGGGUUUGGUCUGUAUGGUUUUGAAAGGAAAGCUCUAUUGUGUUAUUCUGAAAUGCGGGAACUAGGACUGCAGCCUGAUAAGAUCACCUUCCUGGGAGUCUUAGCUGCAUGCACCCAUGGGGGUCUCGUCGACGAAGGAAGAAGGUAUUAUGUGAUCAUGACAAAGGAGUUAGGAAUGGUCCCCACUUUGCAGCACUAUGCCUGCAUGGUGGGCCUGCUUGGUCGCGCAGGCUUGUUUGAGGAAGCCAUGGACUUUAUAAAGAAUAUGAGCCUAGAGCCGGAUUCAGCAGUGUGGGGAGCACUGCUCAAUGCAUGUUGGAUCCACCAAGAUCUGAAGCUUGGCGAAUCUUUGGCCAAGAAGUUGCUAUUCUUGGAUCAAGAGAGUGGUGGGUUUUACGUGUUGAUGUCAAACCUUUAUGCUGAUAAAGGAAGGUGGGAUGAUGUGGCUCGGAUAAGAGAGAUGAUGAGAGACAUUGGAGGAGAUGGAUGCUACGGAGCCAGUCAAAUUCAGGCUUUCGUUUCGCUUUAGCCUGUAAACCGCCACCCACCCGGCCAAGAUUUAGGGUGCAGGCUUGCGCGCUGCAGUUUUGUUUGGAGAAGAGAUUUUUGCCAACAGCUACUUGGAAUUAGUCAGUUAUCUUCUCCUCAGUACAGGAGAUGAAUCAAUCGGUAAACAAAAUGAAAUUUCAUGCAAGCAGAAAAGGGGAUUGAGAUAAGUGGGCCCAUGCUAUCUUGUGGUUUCCUCUUCUAACAGAGACCAGAAGCUGCCGAGUAUCCUGUGGUGGAUAUAUAUCUGUCUUAUAAGUUGUGGACAGAGUGGAAAGGAAUAUGAC